AGUGCAGCUUGGAAAGGGCUCAGGUUGUUUCCAGGGGGAGAACUCUGCAGAGAAGAGACAAAGUUCAACAGGACAACAAAGGAGCAGCAGAAACAGCCAGGAAAACGAAGAGCCCUCACGUUUUCACACAGAACCCCCUAUCAGAGUUCUCAAAUCUUAAAGUGUUCUGCAAAGUGCCACUUGACUGGAACUUUUCGCCUGCCUUUUCCUUUCUCCAACCACCAUGACUGAGAUCACUGCUGAAGGAAAUGCAUCUACUACCACCACUGUGAUAGACAGCAAAAAUGGAUCUAUGCCCAAAUCCCCUGGGAAAGUGCUGAAGAGGACAGUCACAGAAGACAUCGUGACAACAUUCAGCUCCCCAGCAGCCUGGCUUCUGGUCAUAGCUCUGAUAAUCACCUGGUCAGCUGUUGCUGUGGUUAUGUUUGACCUAGUGGAUUACAAAAACUUUUCAGCAAGCUCUAUUUCCAAGAUUGGGUCAGAUCCUCUAAAACUUGUACAUGAUGCUGUGGAAGAAACCACCGACUGGGUCUAUGGCUUCUUUUCUUUGUUGUCUGACAUCAUCUCGUCUGAGGGUGAUGAAGAAGAUGAUGAUGGGGAUGAGGACACUGAUAAAGGAGAAAUAGAGGAGCCUCCCUUGAAACAAAAAGAAAUACACAAAGACAAGACCGAAAAGCAGGAGAAACCUGAAAGGAAAAUAGUACCUAAAGUUACACACAAAGCAAAAGAAAAACCAAAAGAAAAAGAAAAAUCUGAAAAGAAAGCAAUUCACAAGGAAAAAAUUGAGAAAAAAGAAAAACCAGAAACAAAAACAGUGGCAAAAGAAGAGAGGAAAACAAAGACUGAAGAGAAGAUUAAAAAGGAAGUGAAAGGUGGGAAACAAGAGAAAGUGAAGCAAACAGCUGCAAAAGUCAAAGAAGGACAGAGACCAUCACCUAAGCCCCCAGAGAAGGAGGGAAAAGAGACCGCAGCUGUGUCCAAACGUGAACAGAAAGGUAAACAUCCAGAGGAGGUGGUCAGAGGUUCUAAGGGAAUAUUGGGCAAGAAGCAGAUACAGUGAAAUUAAAAUCCCAAAAAGACCAAGAUUGAACUUCAAAUGGGAGUAAACAGAUGUGUAUCAGUAAAAAUCGGAAAUUAAAUGUAUUUAUAGAAGACUAAAAUGUAUUCAUAUCUAAAGAUGCAAUGUAAGGUAUUUGUAAAAGAAGAUUUGAGUUAGUAUCUGAAGUUAUUUGAAGGUUGAGGAUAAAUGUUAAAUUCUUGAGACACGAGAUUUCUACUAAGAGAUGGAAAAACAAUUUUGUGUGUCCUACUCUUUGGAGAACAGCAGUCCAGGAAAAACGACAAUUUUCAAGAAGUUUUUAAAGCAAUAUAUGUUCAGAUCUUCUAGAAUAAGUAUAAAAACUCUCCAUACAUUCCUGUUGUCCCUGCAAGAGCAUACAAUUUAGAAUAUAUAUUAAAUUAUUAAAUUCAGUUAAUUUAACAGGCAGGAAGUUAUGGGAAAUAAUUCUCCAGUUCCUUUGCCAGCUUCCACUGACGAAAUUUAUGACUCUAGAAAUAUCUGUAUCUGAUACCAUGCUGCUCUUUCAGCAAGAGUGAUGUCAAACUUACAGCCCUACUUUACUUCAUGGGAAUAGAGCAUUUAAAUGGAAGUGGAGUAUAGGCCUGAAGUUUUUUGUGGAAAGGUGCUAUGAGAAUAAAAGGGUGGAGUUUUAAGAGGGCAGCUGAGGGCUUGUGCCACGUCUCUGCCCCUUGUUAAAUCUCUUCUUCCCGAGUCCAUUUCUGGCACUACGCUGCAGUAGAGUACUAGGACUUCCGAUAGAGAAUGUGGGCUUACUCAGUAGGGACUAUUCCGAUAAAUGUGUCUUAGGGGUGUUGCAAAAUAAUACUUUUCUUUGCUCUGGAAGUUUUGAAUAAGUAUAUUUGAGGACUAAAAUUAAGGAAUGAUUUCUAUGAGAUUUUCAUUAAAAAAAUUGAAAACUUUAUUACCAAGUAAGCUAUUUGGACAGUGAAACUGAAAAUAAUUUUCCACGAUCAUAAAACAUAAGAUGAAAUUUGCAAUCCAUACUUUUUUGGUUCCACAAAUAAGUGAGAUCAUGUGGUAUUUGUCUUUGUAAUCCACUCUUGUAUUUUGUCUUUAAAUCCCUUUUUCCCUUGAAUUCACAAGUAAUAUAAUAUCUGUCAAAAGAAAUAUAUUUUUUAAAAAUACAUUUUAGGAAGAAAAGAAGGAAAAAGACCUUCUGUCUCUCUUUUUUUGUGUGUGUAAUCCACAAAUUUUGAAAUAAAUGAAAAUUACCUAAAUUAAAAUUUUUUAGUUCACUAAACAAAACGUGGAAUUAAAACCUUGGCUCCCUAAGAACUUUCUUCAAUUUAAAAAAUGAUUAUAUUGUCUUGAAAAAAAUGAAAAAGAUUGGUUAUUACCUCUCUUAAAACUUUAUGUUACUUCUGAAAUAUUUGGGUAGAAAAAAUUAUAGCAAGUAAAAAGGAAAUAUUUUGAAUGCAACAUUUUCUGUGAUAGAAAAUAAGAAAAUUAAUCUUCUGACUCACUGAUCUAUCUAUUGAAAGUGAUCAUCAAGGUCCUAAAGUACUUUGCAUUUUAGAUUGUCUUUUAAAAACAAAAAUAAGCACAUGAAAUCAGCUGAAACAUACCAACUAUAUUUUUAUUUUUGUCUAUAUACACAGUAUGUAAAAAUUCAUACCAGUUAUAAAUGGGAGUAUCAAAAUAUUUAUCUAGCAACUAGGAACAUGAAUAAAAUUUUUGAUGUCCA